AUGGUUCACAGAGCCGUUUUCUGGGCAGGCUUCGGUGUCGCUGUCCGCUUCUGGCAACUCGGCCUCGAGAUGCGACCAUUAUUCAAUCGGGGUUCUCUGUGGGCCUACCCUGUCUUCGCUGGAGUGGGUGCAAGUUUCGGGUACUGGUUACAAGGUGUCGAUGAGAGACAAGUAGCAGUGUUGGAAGAGCGGAAACAAUCCCUUCUUGAGAAGAGGGCAAGGAAGGCUGCGAGAGAUGCACAGAAUGCGGCUGCUACUACAUGA